GUCUAUAGUUUAAUGUUCAGAAGUUUGAGCCAUAGAAAUCGAAUGUAUAGGCCUAACACUAGGCUACUCUUUCCCUCUACUAUACAGUCCUAUCUGUUCUACCGAACGCAUUUCUAGAUUCUGUACAAUUGCGCCCUCCCUGAAUGCCUCAUGCCUCACGCUUCUGUACGCAUCCACAGCACACACACAGCUACUGGAAUCAUGGCGGAUGGUCACAGCAACAACAAUCAUGUCCCUGUUUUACUUUCAUUUUCAGCGUUCUCGCGGCCGUCCUCUGUGCCUGUUGGUUCUGGAUAUGAAGUGCUCAUUCAAAAGUUUUUGUCAAUCUACGGACGCCAAAUAGACCUCCAUCGUAAAUUCAUGAUUCAAUUGUAUUCGGACGAGUGGGCACAGUACAUUGAUUUGCCGAAAGGAUUCAUCAUAUCUGAGAAAUGCAAGCUACGAUUUGUACCUUUGGAAACGGAUGUGACAAUAUUGGGGAACCUGAUCCCUGCCACCACGGCCUUCUUCUGCUGUGACAUGCAGGAAAGAUUCCGCCCAGCUAUCAAAUACUUCGGUGACAUCAUCAGUGUGGGACAGAGACUGCUCCAGGGGGCUCGUAUCCUGGGGAUUCCCGUUAUCGUGUCGGAGCAGUACCCCAAAGGCCUGGGCAGCACGGUGCAGGAGAUGGACAUCACUGGAGCCAGGCUGGUGUUCCCCAAGACCAAGUUCUCCAUGGUGCUGCCUGAGGCCGAGGCAGCCCUGGCCGCCCUGCCGGGGGUCCGCAGUGUUGUGCUGUUCGGGGUGGAGACCCAUGUGUGCAUCCAGCAGACAGCCCUGGACCUGCAAGCGAGGGGUUUCGAGGUGCACAUCGUGGCUGACUCCACCUCAUCCCGCAGCAUGAUGGACAGAAUGUUUGCACUGGAGCGAAUGGCUCGCACCGGGAUCAUUGUCACCACCAGUGAGUCUGUCCUCCUCCAGCUGGUAGGCGACAAGGAGCACCCAAAAUUCAAGGAGAUCCAGAAUAUCAUCAAGGCCAGCGCCCCCGAGUCUGGCUUGCUCUCCAAGGUCUAGACUAGGCCACACAGGGUCAAUAAGGAGAAGGUAGAAUUUGUCCUUAUCCUCUGAUCCCAGAUCAGAUAUGGGUUUAUAUUCUCGUAUUGGUUAAGGAUAUAAGUUAGGGACAACUUCUAUCGUCAAGCAAUGACAGAGAACCAACAGGGGUCAAGAGGUUUAAAGGGGCAAUCAGCAGUUGCUACAUCUAUUUAAGGACUUAUAAAUUAAUGAUAUGAACCCAUUGAUUCUUAAAGAAUAUAACUUAUAAAUGCCUCACGAGCUUAGUUCAACUUUCGUAUCCCAUCAGAAUCCAAAAUAUAAACUUGUUUCACUCCCAAUGUUUGUAAACAAAGUAGCCUCGUAUAUAUUGCGUCCAUAGCUCUGUCUAUGAAUUUGAGUGGUUACAUUUCUCCAGCCCCGUCCCUCAUCUUUUUCCUGCUGAUUGCAACUUUAAGGUGAAUUGGCGAUGGACCAGUUCUCCUUCAGUCCUGGUCUGGGAAGCCCAUUGUGGGGAUGGACCAGUUCUCCUUCAGUCCUGGUCUGGGAAGCCCAUUGUGGGGAUGGACCAGUUCUCCUUCAGUCCUGGUCUGGGAAGCCCAUUGUGUAUGCAGCAUUUUACUCCAGCUGGAUUAGAUAUUGUGAAAAUAAAACUUUGUUUUAGGCAUGGACUUGACUUGAACUGGAAGUGCACAUUGAGGUGAUGUCAUGGGACCACUACAUUAUCACUGACCAGUUUCCUGUUGGUUGAUAAACAUAUACACUGGGUCUCAGACUAGGAUCGGGGAAACCUGGGCUGGGCUUAUUUUGGUUCCAGUUACAUUUAUGCACUGUGCUUUCUAGCCUGCCUGAGUACGUGGGUGAAAAAGUGCUUCAUGUGACUAUUAUAUUGUGUGUGAGUCAGGGUACGAUGUAGAAAAAUGAAUAAACAGUAUAUAUUUCCUAAUGUA